AGUGGGACAACCGAAGAAGAAUAUCUGGUGAAGAGUGACCUACACAAGUCUAUUUAGGAAAAAUGGGUCGAAGACCUGCCAGAUGUUACAGGUACUGCAAAAACAAGCCCUAUCCCAAGUCAAGGUUCUGUAGGGGUGUACCCGACCCCAAGAUCAGGAUCUACGAUCUUGGAUCCAAGAAGAUACCGGUCGACAACUUUCCGCUGUGUGUCCAUCUUGUGUCGGAUGAGCAUGAGCAGUUGUCAGGGGAAGCGUUGGAAGCAGCUCGUAUCUGUGCCAACAAGUACAUGGUAAAGUUUUGCGGGAAGGACCAGUUCCACUUGAGGAUCAGAGUACAUCCAUUCCAUGUCCUACGAAUCAACAAAAUGUUGUCGUGUGCCGGUGCUGAUAGACUUCAGACCGGAAUGCGUGGUGCGUUUGGUAAACCUCAAGGCACUGUGGCUCGAAUUAAGAUUGGUCAGAUUAUUCUCUCUGUGAGGACAAAAGACGCUCACAAAGCCUCAGCUAUCGAGGCCUUUAGGAGGGCAAAGUUCAAGUUCCCUGGGAGACAGAAGAUCUUUGUGUCUAAGAAAUGGGGAUUCACCAAGUGGAACCGUGAUGAGUACCAGGAGAUGCGUCAAGAUGGCCGAUUGAUUCCUGAUGGAGUGGUCGUGCAGUACAAGCCAGCUAAAGGCCCACUCAUAAACUGGAUGAAGAGACAAUAGUCUAUGAUUCUUUUAUAAUUAUGUCCUAUGUCUCAGAAAUUGUCAAUUUUGCAGCAAUUUGUGAUGAAAUGUGGAUAUCAUAAUAAUGA